GGAUGAUUAUUGAAGAGGUUGAAUUUCUAAAGCAAUGGCUGGUCACUCAGCUGGAAAUGAUCUCGGAAGCAGAUCCAAGCGUCCUGGCGAAGUAUGUGAUAGCUUUACUAAAAAAAGACGAGGCGUUCAAUGAAGACACAUUUGUGGAACAGUUAGAGGUUUUUCUAGAUAAAGAAACUGAGAGUUUUGUGAAAAAUUUAUACGACGUGAUCGAAAGUAAAGAAUACAUGCCAGUGCCACCUAAGAAGAAGAGAGUUUUUACCGAAGUCAAAGAAGUCAAAGCAAAGGAUGAUCCAAAACCUGAACGGAAGAUAUCCAUUGACACAAAAAAGGGGACAGAGCAAAGACUAGUUGAAUUAUCAAUAGAUGUAAAUACGGAUGAGGAUGAUAAGAUGAACGCGAGAAAGAGACGGUUUGAGGAGGACAGGGACAGGAGGAAACGUGGCAGUCGGCCCGGAGGAAGGGAAGAGGAAACAAGGAGAUUUAACACUGAAUCUUACGAAGAGAGGAGAGAUGUUAGAAGAUUCACUGAUAGAGGAGACAGAACGAGAUCAGACGAGCAAGCACCACGUGACCGUUACCCCGCAUCACGUGACAUAACACGUGACCGUGGUGACAUAACACGUGACCGUGUCGGAUACCCUAAACGAAGGUACACCCCAGACAGACACCAGUCCCGCUCCCCCUCCCCUCCCAAGAGAUCUAGAUCUCCACCCACCAGAAGAUCUAGAUCUCCAGUCAGGCAGCCUAGGAGUCCUAGAAAGAAGAGUAACUCUCCCCCGAGAAACGGGAAAGCGCGUAAAGAAAGAUGUCGUGAUUUUGACGAGAAAGGCUACUGUCUGCGUGGAGGACUGUGCCAGUAUGAUCACGGUAUAGACCCUGUAGUAGUGGAGGAGAGUAGCUUAUCCAGUGUACUUCAAGCAGCUCAGACUCCUUCUCUUCCUCCUCCUCCUCCUGGGCCGUUCAGUGGUGCCCCACCUCUAUUUCCCCCAGGUGAGACUUAUAACCCGGAUAAGCCAGCUCUGAUUAACAACCAGACCCCCCUGGUCCCAGCCCCCGCUCAGCCUCUUCCCCCACCUCGGCCUGUUACGCACGCCUCCAGUACAUCAGCUCCCUCUGCACAGAUGAGCGAGACAACACACCCCUCUAAACCUUACGUUCACACAGUCAAGAGAGCACCCUCUAGCACAGGAGUGCCUAGAAGCUUUAAACUAGUUGACGGUAGUAAUAUUAUCACCGGAGCAGUUGUGCCAGUGGAACCAACCCAGACUACCUUACUUGUCAGAGACAUCCCUUAUCAGAGUAACGAUAGUGCACUGCUGUCACAUCAUCUUGGAAAGUAUGGUCCGAUUAAGCAGCUGCAGUGUAGAGUGUAUAACGAUGUUCACACUGCUAUGGUAGAGUUCCACUCCCACGACAGUGCUGCUGCUUGUUUCAACUCUAAUAUCGCUCUACUCGGUGUCAGGUACAUAAAAUUCUUUUGGAAGGAGGUGGUCCCAAUAUCUUUAGCCCCGUCCUUAUUCAAGAACAUGGGUAAGGUCACCACUUCCUCUAUCCACCAAGACAUGAACCUGGUGAAUAACAAGACCUCGGCUCCACCACCCCCUGCUGCCUUAAGCUUAGUAACCAACAACAAACCAGCCACCACACCUCGAGAACAACCCAGACCUACAGCUGCACAGAAGAAACUGGAGCUUGCUAAAAGAACACAAGGUCUCCUUGCCCAGAACGUAGUAAACCAGAAACUAAUUCUCAGUAAGCUGGAAAGCUGUAAGGUACUAUCCGAGAAAAGGUCCAUGUUAGAAACAAUGAAGAAGCUACAGCUGUCACAUGACACUAUAAAAGCGAGCCUGGCCAGCAUAGAAAACAGUGAUCGAAAGAGAAAAGCUCCUCAACCCGUUAAACAAGCACCAGCUACCACCCUCGGUGCUUCCACCAACUUGGACUUGAGGCCCAAGGAGAUUAUUGUAAAGAACUGCAAUAACGCAGAGGAACUUCACGAACAUUUCAGUAAAUUUGGCACCUGCACUGUGAUACCCUCUGGGGUUGGUGUCAUCAUCGGGUUCGACAAACGCCGGGACGCUGAAAUGGCCUACGUAAAGGGCAGGAUUGUUGAUGACCAAGAGCUCGAUAUAGAGUGGAAUAAGACCGGUGAAGUGACUUCUUCUCAGGUAACCGUAGAACCUAUAAGAUGACGAUUUGACCAACGGUUAACUUGACGUCAGACGAUUCAGUCGAGAGGGGUAACGGUCACGUGACAUCGCAACCUAUUUCACGUGACGUAAUUACUUAAAGUGACGUCAUUACUUAAGAUUACGUCAUUACUUAAGAUUACGUCAUUACUUGAGGUGACGUUAUCGCGGCCCCUCUUAUGAACUGUUAUAGACAUGGACAAUGUAUUGUCUAAGAACAUUCAGCGACGAACGAUUUUGUGGUUGAAGUUCAGUGUAUUCGAAAGAGCAGAAUGCUUUUUCCUUUUUUGUUGUUGCCAGGACUAUGUCGCUAAUAUUGUAAAGUUAAGGCAUAUUUUCAAUGAAUAACUUUGCGGUGGGUAUUAUUGUAGCAAAGGCUAUGGGAUUGCUAGAUAUUUGAUUUGGGCUAAAAGCAAUGGAAAGGAAUCUUCAUAAUAGUUAGAAUUAUUUACCUUAUAAUGUUUCCUGUUAUUCUGACAGCAUAUAAAGGUCAGCCAAAUUUAGGCGCCCUCAAUUUCUGUGGUUCCUUGCUCAAUAUUUUCGCCAUCAUGGUUUGCUUGAAAAGCCAUGAUGGAUCCAUAAACUCGAUCUGAUGAAACUGCUGAUGAACCAAAAUAUGAACUAAAUUUCAAGCACACCACCAGAGAGAAACAUAAUUCAUUGAGCAUGGUCCUAUAACUAUAUAGGGCCUGUCUCAAACAAACUGCACGUUUUCCAAUACCUGCAACAGCUGUAGGAUAGAUAAAAUGAUCAACUUUCAAUUUCAUACAUUAACUAAUCGAUAACCUGAUUUGGCAGAAUUCGAGAAGCCGACGGGCUGUGUCGUGCCUCUUGAAUUUUGCCCAAUUUUUUCCGUUUCCAUUGUUGAUCCUUUCAAUCUUUAAUUUUGAGUUUGAGUUGAAUUAUCCAAUAUUGAAUAUUUCCAUUAUACCAACAACUGACGGUAACAUUCAAGCUCUUCCAGUUUUUACACCAUA